UGUUGGUGAACAUACCCAUUCAUCUCUACCACCUAGUCAUAUUCCAGAAGCUAUUAAAAAUUAUAUUAAUAAAAUGAUUAAUAAUGCUUUUGAAUAUUUGGAUCAUAUUACUCCACAAAAAAUUAUUUUAAAACAAGCUAUUAAACUUUAUGAAGCAAAAUAUUUUCAAAUAUAUUUGACUUAUAAACCUGUACAAGGUAAAAUAAAUGUGUUCGAGCUUAAUAAAUAUGAUAAAAAUCAUCAAAUAAUUGGUAAAACAACUAAUGUAACUGAAUUAGCACAUGCUGACAUUAAACAUGAUGGAAAAGAAUUAAGUUUAAUGAAUGCAAUUGAAAAAGCACAAAGACUUGAUAUUCAAAAAUUUACUACUUAUAAAAUUCAAGAUAAAUAUGAAAUAGCAAAAACUGAAAGAAAUAAUAGGCUAAUAUCUCAUGCAUCACAAUCAAUAAAGUAUUAUGAUAAAUAA